CCUAGGCCUUUUCGAAUUUCACAAAAACCCGCGGCACACCCGUCUGUUAUACGAGUAUAUAAACCGGCAAUCGCAACAUUUCGCGGUAUUCACUUCGACUAUUAAAAGUAACAGCUAUGAACUGUCGUAUUUUCUACGCCAAGCUGCUAGUCGUCAUAUCUCUCUUGGUUACCGAAACCAUACAGAGUGACGAUGACGCGGCGCUCAAAACGCAUACUCUCCAACCAGUGCCCACACCACGCAUAGUCAGUGGUGCAAAUGCGCUGCCGGGUCAAUUUCCUUACGUUGUAUCGGUGCGCGUAGGUGAACAGCACAGCUGCGGUGGCACCAUAAUUUCGCAGAAGCAUGUCCUAACUGCAGCACACUGCGUUUACAGGUAA